UCUCAACCAAUCGGACUGGAAAAUAUUAGGUUAGUACUUACAACGUCAUGUCACGACCAAUGAUCCACUUCUUGGAGACCUUUCGAUUCUUCUGAGUUUUCAAUCAACUGAAUAAUAAAAUAACCGUGAAUUAUAAGAUAAAAUCUUACGCUCAAUAUUAUUGGCGUAAUUUGAUUCGUUAAAAUCUACCCAAUGAUAUUCUCCAAUCAAAAUUCGAGAAUCUGUAUUCAUUUGUUAGAACGUAUAACGUCUCAAUUGCGCGGUAUAAAGUGAAAAGAGAAAAAACCACAAAGCGGUUUCAAAGAUAGAGGAUCCUAAAUAAUCAUUUAAAUUUAUUAAGCUGAUAUUUUAAAAACAAGGAAAUCUAAAAUGUCUCGAAUACGUCAAUUGUCAAUUUGUGGUGUUCGGAAUUUUGAUGAACAAGAUCAACCGAGAAUACGUUUUACGCGUCCUUUAACGCUUAUUCUUGGACCAAAUGGUACUGGGAAAACAACUUUGAUUGAAUCAUUAAAAUUUGCCACAACCGGUGACUUUCCACCAGGUUCUGAUAGAGGAAAAGCAUUUAUUCAUGAUAAACAUACUUCAGGCUCUCGUGUAGUAAAAGGCUUCGUUAAAGCUGAAUUUGUUAAUGCUAAUGGAUGUAGUUACACGAUUUGUAGAACAAUUGAAUGUUUACAUUCAGGCACAACGUCAAGAUUCAAAACUGUAGAUAGUACGUUAAGUAGGAGAGAAAAGGGUACAACCAAAGCAAUAUCAGUUACAAAUCGAUGUAUAGAUAUAAAUGCAGAAGUAAUAUCAGCAAUGGGUGUUUCCAAAUCAAUCUUAAAUUAUGUGAUAUUUUGUCAUCAAGAAGAAUUUAGUUGGCCUUUAGAUGAUGGAAAAAAAUUAAAAGAAAAGUUUGAUGAGAUCUUUGAAAGUGUUAGAUUUAACAAGGCCCUAGAAAAUUUUUUAAAAUGUAUUAAAAAUAUGGAACAGGGUUUACGUGUUUUUAAAGUACAAAAAGAUGCAUUGAAAAAUGUUGUUAGUGAAGUAGAAGACAAAGAGAAAAAACGUCAAAAUGCAAGGGACAGAUUAGAAGAUACUACAAAUGAAAUAACAACAAUCAAUGAAGAACUUGAACCUAUAAUGGAAAAAAUUCGUGAAAUUGAAAAAAUGGAUGCACAGCAUAAAACUUUAGUAGCUGAAAAAGAUAAGAAGCAAUUAGAAUAUGAUAUCAACAAACAACAAAUUGAAUCUUUACAAGAGAAUAUACAAGUUUUUGAAGGAAGCAUAACUGAAUUAACUAACCAAUUAGAACAAUAUGAUAGUAAUUUAUUAAAGAAAGCUUCUGAAAUAACAGAGGUAGAAAAGCAGUUACAACAAAUUGCAUCGAGUGAAGUCAAGAUAAUAAAUAUAAUAACAGAAAAAAGAAUUUCUGUUGGUACAUUAAAGCAAAAAAUGCAAGAUCAAGAGAAAAAAAUUGUUAAUCGUAAUAAAACGCUCAAUAAUAUGUUAUCUAAAUGGAAUAUGGAAACACUAGUUGAUAAAAAUACAUCUGAUAUUGAAAUAGCAGCCCUUGUUAAAAACCUUGAUAAUAAGAUAGAAAAUCUUAAGCAUGAAGCAGAAGUAAAAAGGCGGAAGCGACAUGAAAAAGAGGAAGAACUCCAGAAAGAGAUUGAUGUACUACGUUCUGAACGUUCAAAGAUAGAAUCAGAAAUGAAUAUUAAAGAUAAUGAAGUUACUGAAACAAGAAAUCAAAUAAAUAAAAUUCGAACUGAAAUUACUGAGAUCGGAGUUGCUGCUAAUAAAUUAUGUUCUGUAGAAGCAAAACUUAUAGAUAUGAAUAAAAAAAUUGACGAUUUAUCCGAAUCUUGUGAUGUUAAUAAUGUAAAAGAACAAAUAAAUGAGGAAACUAUUACAAGAGAUGCACUGGAGGUAAAAAUAACUUCUAUUGAUGCAGAGAUAGAAGUUUUACAUAAACAUGCUGCAUUGCAAGCUGAGAUGGCAUUACAUAAAACAACAAUGCAAACAAAAGAAGAAGAAGUACAAUGUUUUAGAAAGGAACAUGAAGAUACAAUUAAAAUGUUGCUUGAAAGUGACACAUUACCUCAUACCAAGCUAAAAGAUAAAUUGGAUCCAGUACAACAAAAAUUAAUGGAUCGUAUAAAAACAACGACUCGUGAUAUACAAGUAGAACAACAAAAUUUAGUAACUAUAAAAACGACAUUGAAAUAUAACGAAGAAGAACUUCAAAAGAAACAAUCAGAAUUACAGUCUAAUAAACAGAAAAUAUCUUCUAUUUGUGAUUAUAAAGAUUUUGAUGAAGUGUUAUUGUUACAAUCAAAAAAAGUAAAAGAUUUGCAAGAUAAAAGAGGAAUGUAUGCAUAUCAAAGUACUGCUUAUAAAGAAUAUAUGAAGCAAUUCAAAAAACAAGAUCCUUGUUGUCCUUUGUGCCAUAGAAAUUUUGAUGAGUCAUAUAAUAUGGAUGCUUUAAUAAAAGAAAUGGAAAAUGACAUCGAAAAUCAACCCGAAAUUCUUAAGCGUUGCGAAGCUGACUUGAAAAUGCAACAAAAUAAAUAUGAUACUAUGUUACAAUUAAAACCAAUUAUAGAAAAGAUAAGUCAAUUGGAAGAUGUUGAAAUACCUAAAUUAGAAGGGAAUUUAGUAAAUACAAAAGAACAAUUGACAAAGCAACAAGCAAGUAUACAAGAAAAAGAAAAGUUAAAAGCUAUUCCUGAAGAUAUUUUGCAUAAGUCCAAAAAUUUAUUUGAAAAUAUUAUGCUUUGGGACCGAUUAAUAGAUGAGAUGGAUAAUCUUAAGGAAAAAAUACUUAAUAUCGAAGAUCUAAUGGCUAAAAUAGGAGCUAAUAGCACUGUAACUGUCUCUGAGGCACAAGCUCAUCGAGAUUCAUUAAAAACUUCUUUAAAGAAAUCUCGCGAUCAAAUAGAGCAUUUACAGACAAAAUUAAAUACAUUCAAUGAAAAAUUGCAACAUGCUCGGGAAGAACGAAACAUUUUAUUUGAAGAACAAUUAAGAAUACAAUCGGAUAUGCAAAGAUUAAAAGAAUUGCGAGAUAAACAAACGGAAUUAUACUCACGGCAAGUAACAUUGAUAGAAUCAGUGCAAAAAUUACAAGAUAGAUUUUCAUCCGAAGACAGCAAGUUAGAAACAGCUGUUUGUCAACUGGAUCUAUUAAAAAAAGAAAAUUGGAUAAAGGACGAGGAUGACAGAAAAACAGUAACAGAAAAAGGAAGACAAUUAUUUGAGUUGAAUAAAAUUCAGAAUGAAGUUAAUACUUUCGAUCGAUGUAAUGUUCUUGAUGCUUUAACGAAUUUAGAACAUGAUAUAAAAACUUAUGAAGAAAAAAUUAUUGAAAAUAAUGCUGAGAAAAAUGAAUUGCAAACAACGAUUAAAGAUCUAAAGGAUGAUAUCAGUCAUCAAGAAACUCAUAAAAGAAAUUUAAUUGAUAAUCUUAAAUUACGGAAACUUCAAUUAACUGCACAGGAUUUAGAGCAACAAUGUCAAAAUUUAAAUGAGAAGCUCGAAAAUAUGAAUUACAAACGAAUGAUGGAAAAGUGGCAAAAGUACAAAAAUCAUGAAGAAAGUUUGUUACGAAAGAAAAAUGUAGCAAAGGGAAAGCAAGAAGAAUUAGAAAGGAUAUUGUUGCAAUAUACUGAAGAACUUAAGAAGGAGAAUUAUAGAUUUGCUCGUAAGAAUUACAUGGAUAAAUGUAUCGAAUUAACGAUACAAAAUGAAGCAGUGUCAGAUUUAAAAAAAUACUGCAAGGUAUUAGAUGCUGCAAUGAUGAAAUAUCAUAAAGAACGUAUGGCGACCGUAAAUAAAAUAAUUAAAAAACUUUGGAAAGCCAUAUAUAUCGGGAAUGAUACAUCUUCUAUAGAAAUCCGUACAAAUGAUACUGCAGGUACAGCGUCUGGACGCAGAUCUUAUAAUUAUAAAUUAGUCCAGAUAAAGAAUGGAAGGGAAAUGGAUAUGCGAGGACGUUGCAGUGCAGGUCAAAAAGUUUUAGCAUCAAUUAUCAUAAGACUUGCAUUAGCUGAAACUUUUUGCAAAGAUUGUGGAGUUCUUGCUCUUGAUGAGCCAACUACAAAUUUAGAUGAAGAAAACAUGAACAGUUUAGCGGAUGCUCUCAAUAUGAUUAUAAAAAUGAGAUCACGAUAUCAAAAGAAUUUCCAACUGAUCGUGAUUAGUCACGAUGAGAAAUUUUUAGUAAAACUAGCUCAGCUAAAUAAUAGCGUUGGCUAUCAUGAACUUUAUCGUAAGGAAAAUGGUCUAUCAUCAAUUCGAUUUCGUACAAUGGGAACAGAUCCCUUUCACGAACCAGAUCCUAAAGAAGAACUUUUAUUAUCUGAUGUGGAGGAAGAUGGAAGGAAUGAUAACUCCCAACAAAUACAAUCGAAAAAAAGAACCCACGAUAAUGGCAAAAAGGAUGAUGAUAAUCACAAUAGACCAGCAAAGAAACGAUUUGUUUGUAAUUUUUAAAAGUGAGAAAUUGAGAGAAUACUUUUUUGUUACCAUAUUUGUAUUACAUAUUUAUAAUAUAAUAUGUAUUUAAUUAUUGCAUAGCAAUAUUGAAGUGCUUAUAAUGUUUUUCAUUAACAAUAAGAGAUGUAUUUUUUAUGAAUAUUUGAUAUUUCAUUUUUACAAAAAAACCACUUUGUUUAAUUUUGAUACAUUAUUUUAUAUGUAAUAUGCAUUGUUUAUUAAAUUCCCCUAGUUCUUAUACCACUGCCGGUAAUAUAGUUUCGCGGGAUUUGUGUAUUUGAAAUAUUUGUCCACUCUAUACAUGUAAUAUGGUUCGUGUAUGUACAAUGUGACAAUUCUACAAGAAUAUUAUUCGAGUAUUACUAUUUCGAAAACGGGUGCAAAGCGGAUUAUAAUGUGUAAUAAAUUUAUGUUAAUAACAUAAAUGUUUUAUAAUAUACGUAUGUAUAAAUAAGAAACACAUUAUAUGUGUUUAUAUACGCAUUCUUGUAUUGAUUAAUUUACAAGGUGUAAUUGUUGUCUUUGAC